CAAUUGUACUGCUGGUCGUGUACACGGCGCUACUACUUCCAAUGCAUCAACCCCAGAUGCUCUCAGACUGUCUAUACCUGUUCAAACAUUGUGCAACGAGACAGGCGUGUCUCCUCUCCUGGAAACAGUACUCCAACACGGGCCAGGAUUAGAAUCAGUGCUCUCCAGCCUAGGUGUCAACCAGACCGCGACACCUCUCCUAUCCCAUCCCCGGUCUAAACCCCGACCUCGACCCUGAUUUCGACCUCAGGCUGCAGUAAUAGUGCACCUAGGCAAAAAGUACAUCAAUCAAAUAAAUAAAUCAACCUCGAUACUGCGCGCAUACACUCUGCCACCAUUUCUCUCCGAUCACAACCCCAUCGGGUGUCGUCGCCCGCCAUGGCGCAAACAAUGCUGGACGUCUUCUAUUCGCUGUGCAACUGUAUAUACUGUUUCCCGGGCACGCCUCAAUUAAAGAUCAACAAUAGGAGUUUUCGGAUGCUCCGAUUACUUGGCGAGGGCGGAUUUUCCUACGUCUACCUCGUUCAAGACACGUCAGACUCGGCAUUAUACGCACUGAAAAAGAUCCGAUGUCCGUUCGGGCAGGAGUCAGUAUCACAAGCGCUGAAGGAGGUGGAGGCAUAUACAUUGUUUGCGCCGCACCCCAACAUCAUCCGCAGCAUCGACCAUGCGGUGCAAAACGACUCGAGCACAAAGGUGUCUGGGAUCGGGACGGAGGCAGGCUCCGGCAGCUCGGCCAGCAAGACGGUCUACAUAUUACUACCCUAUUACCGACGAGGCAAUCUGCAAGACAUGAUCAACGCGAACCUAGUGAAUCACACGCGGUUUGGCGAGCGGCGACUAAUGCAGCUGAUGUUGGGGGUGUGCAAGGCCCUUAAAGCCAUGCACCAGUACCACGUGCGCAACACGCCGUCACGGUCGGCGGCACGAGCGAUUCGCGACGAAGCCGCGAGCCAGGACCAAGACGCUGCUGCCAGGCAAAAAAGGAUGCAGCAAAAACAACGGUCAAUGACGGCCGAUCAAACCCACCAGGCUGAACUGGAAGGCGAGCAAGAACAGCCACUGAUGCCGGAGGACGAGGUGACACGGGCGCAGGAAGGGAAACAGCCCGGCGAGAUCCGGGCGUACGCGCACCGCGACAUCAAGCCGGGCAACAUCAUGAUUGACGACGACGGCCGCACGCCCAUCCUGAUGGAUCUGGGCAGUCUGGCGCCGAGUCCGACGCCCAUCACCUCGCGGUCAAUGGCCAUCGCCGUCCAGGACACCGCCGCCGAGCACUCGACCAUGCCGUACCGGGCGCCCGAGCUAUUUGACGUCAAGACGGGUAGUGUCAUCGACACAAAAGUCGACAUCUGGUCGUUGGGCUGUACCAUGUAUGCCUGUCUUGUGGGCAAAUCGCCCUUUGAGGCCCGCUCCGACGAGACCGGUGGGUCGUUGAGCAUUUGUGUGUUGAGCGGCGACUGGAGAUGGCCCGGUGAGGGCAGUGCCGCAAAGGGCAAAGAUAAAGUGGCCCAGACCCAGGGUACCCAUGCCACAGGUGCGCAAAGUGAGAGAAUAUAUCCUCACCCUGCGGUCCGCGAGGUCGUUCGCCGCUGUCUCCAGGUCGAACCCGCCGAGCGUCCGGACGUCGACGAGCUCAUGACCAUGAUUGAUACCUGUCUAAGUGAGCUGCCUGAAGACGAUGAGGCCGAGGGUGUCAUUGAUGAUCAUGGACCAUGAUCGCUACACUUUUGAGUGAGCUUCCAUACGACUAUGGCAGUGAAGGUGUGGGUGAAGGUUCCUGUCUAAUUUCAAGCCUGGGUGUCCGUCAGCUCGGCCAGACUUUGGGCCCUUGAGAAUUUAAUCUAUCAUUUUCAGCGAGUACCUUAACUUAAAUGUCUCGACUUCGAGUUGUCCUCGAAUCCAUCGCUUUACCGGUUAAGGACCGGAUCUCUCGUUACUCCGACUUUUUUGUUUAACACCUAACCCCUUUUCCCAUUUCCCAUUUCCCAUUUCCCAUUU